GCCCUACCUCCACAGUCCAACGGCAGCGGGACGUGAUGAGCGCUCCCCCUCAAUAUGUCGACUCUCCGCGCGGCGCGUUACGCGUCUUUGCAUACUCUCCUCCGCAAGGGCCGCCAGGUGCGACCAUUACGGCGAACAUCGACUUCACCGUCCAGGCCACGGAUACGAUCUACCUGCGCCUCGUCCUGGGCCGCCGUGCGUUGACGACGUCCGUGCGGAGGCUACCCUACAAGCAUUUCGAGCUGCAGGCUCGCGUGCCCAUGGACGAUUCCACUGGCUCCCCUGGGUCCGUAAUGGCGCUGUCCGCGCAGGCCCUGGGCAGCAACGAUGAGCUGAUCGACACGGUCACAUUUGGCAACUUCACCAUCGUCGACUUCGGCACCUACGUUGCGCCUAUCACCGGUUACAUCGCCCAGGACGACACCCUCGACAGCUCGACACCCCCGAUCGUGCGCGCAACGGAGCGUCGGGACCACCGGGAAAGCUCGUCGAUGGAAAUCUACCCCUCGGACCACUACAUGCAGGACUACAGCUGCAUCCGGACAGUGCGUCCGUCCAAGAAGACGUCGCUCAUCCGCACGCGGAGAACCGUGUCCGGGGAUGACGACUCCGGGACGAAGUGCGCGUCCCUCGUCCUGGAAGCGGACCUCGACGACAUGUCCAAGGGCUGGGAAAAGGGCGAACUCGCUGCCGGUCGGCGGCUCGUAUGCUUCUCCCGAGUACAAGAGGGCUCGACGCUGAGGGUGUCGUGCGCGGCGAUCAAGCAGGAAGACUACGCCGAGGGUGACGCCGUGGUCUCGUGCAUAUACCGGAAGGACACGGACAGCUGCUAUGUCACCUCCGUCGACAUCAUCCUCCUUCUCGAGCGCCUCGUCGGCCAGGAGUUCGACAUCGAGGAGAAAAACCGCAUCCGGCGGAACUUGGAGGGCUUCCGGCCGAAGACCAUCUCCAAGAACCGGCCGGAGACCAGCGAGUUCUUCCUCCAGAUCAUGAACUUCCCCGCCCCCAAGCCGCGCAAUAUUGAGAAGGACUUGAAGGUGUUCGACUGGAGCAUCCUGCCGCAGGCGCUCGACAAGAUCAUCUCGCGUUAUACGCUUCCGCUCCCGCAGCCCCAGUCGAGGAUAGACACCCCAGAGCGCACUGUGCCGUCGUCGUCGAUGCCGUCGGGGUCCCUGUCGCCGCUGCCACCCUCGUCCCGCACGCACAGUCCGACGGAGUACUCGCCGCGCUCGAGCGGGUCUCUCGCAACGCCCGAGUUCCCCAGCGACGCGUACGGCGGCAGCCCCAGCACGCGCUCGUUCCCGUACAUCCCCUCGCACGACCGCGGCGUGCCGGCACUCCUCCCGGGCGACGUUAGCAGCAGCUCGUACGACGAGCCGGGCUUCUACGACUCCUUCUCGUACUCGUCCGGCUCUACCGCGUCCACGCCCUUGAUCACGACGCCCUCGUGCCCCGACUCGCAUCCGGCAUUCGGCGCAGACCAGGAGAAGGCGUUCCUGUCGUACGCGUCCUUCCCGCCGUCGGAUGUUCUUGGUCCACCGGGCGUGCGCGGUGACUUCGCGGGGCUCGACACCGCACCCCUGCCGUCGUUCGGCUACGAUGCGUUGAGCCAGAGGCACCACUCGCCCAGCCUAUCUCCCGAAGCAUACCUCUGAACCAACGCACGCGCUAACGCAUCAGAAUACCACGCCCGAGAUGUAUGUAUACUAUCUAUUCGGAGCUGUAUCCCUUACCCGCCUUGUCGACACCACG